UAAGUUGUGUGUCAUGAUCGGAUAUCUGCUGCUUUCUGCUUCUACUUUUUGCAACCACGACUUCCACCUGCCAUCGAGGUACUCGCCUCUAGUGAUUCAGGGUCGUAAUGUCUUGACUCUGAACUCUCAAUCUACUCCGAUCUACUUCAACCCUCUUUCUCCUUUGUUUCUCGAAUGCCGCUCCCACCUGCUCAGGCAUUAGCAUCCCAUUUCAUGGUAUCAGAGCUAGAGCUGACAUGCUGCGUCAAAUAGUCUCACUAGGCCAGCAGGCCUCCGAAGAUCUCGAGCCUAUGUCCCCAUCGCCCAGUGAUGAGGCCCAAUCUCCAGAAGCGCGGAGCGCCGGAAGGCUCGCUGGUGUCUUCAGGGGAUUGACUGGAACGAAGUUGGCCAAAUCGCCGUCGCCGCAUCCCUCCCCCGCCGCAACCAACAUCCCCCUGACCUUCCCCGGAGAUGCCAAUGUUGCGUCGGUGCGCAUGUCCGUAUUGCCGCCCGAGCAGAUGGAAUCGUUUGAACGGCUGAAAACCGGGACCCUGAAUGAGCGCAUUGCUGCAGCCAAUUCUCUCACCUUCGCCAUCGCCGACUAUCCGCUCAAUGCCGUCCUCGAGAUAUGGGAUGCCGGAAAGGACUUGAUCGAAUCGUCGAAGCCUCUUACCGCCCGGCAAGCAGGCUGGGGCCUCCUUAGCCAGUGCGUCAAAUAUGCACACUCGACGGAUCUGGAGCGAAGAGAAUAUUUCCAGACACUCUCUACAUCUAUAAACCCAGAAGACUUCCACCUCCAGCUGGCAGCACUAGUGGAUUUGACCAACCACGGUCGAGAGCUGUCUGGAUUCGAAUACGACAUAUUUCCUUUGUUGACGAAAUGGCUCCAGGAGACGUACAGCGCUGCCAGGACAGCCAGGAGACAGGCCUCGCGGGGAGCAAGCAGGUCUAAAAGCAAGGCUAUUGCGUCCGGUCAAGACAAGAAUUUCUCGCUGGUCUUCUCGCUUCUCAAGGAAGUCAUCAAGUUCAACUUCAGAGUUGCGGAUGAUGAAGCGAUUGGCCUUCUGGUGGACAAGCUCCUCGAGAUUUGCAUGAAUACCAGCGUCGAAGAAGACCUUCGAGCCUGCAUCAAUGUCAUUGAUGCCAUCGUCACGUUUGGCACCAUCCCAAACGAUAGACUGAAGCACUGCAUCCAUGUUCUCAGCUCAAUCCACUGUUUGGUCCCCAACUUGCAGAAGGACUCGUGGCACACCAUAGCAAACAUCUGCAAAUCCCACCACGGCCAAUCCACCGUGAGGAUCCUUAUUGACCUACUCCGCACAACCGACUACGACAAAGACAAGGACACAGUCAGGGAAAUCAGGGGAGCGCUCUCGGUCCUUACUAAACUCCUAUCGAAAUCCGUGGAAAAGGGCUACCCUCAGGUUCCAAUGGCCCUUCUCGCCGAUGGGCUCGCCAAUAUCUCUCGAAGCAGCUCGACUAAAAUUGCUGCCGACAUUUUGAAGCUCAUCAAUUCACUGUUCGAAGGCCCCGACGGCCGGGUAACUGCGAAUACGGUUGACGAAGACUGGGCCGGGCUGUUCCGCGUGGCGGCACGAUGUGGUAGGAGGACCGCAAGUCCAUCUAGCAGCGACCUUGAUGUGUCGGCGAAGCCCGUCACCAAAGAUGACUACGAAAAGGGCGAGGAGGUGGUUGACUAUCAGCUGCGGAGGCUCAUCUCCCGGGUUGAGCACUUGCUCAGACAGCAGAUCCCGGACUUUCUGCAACGCGAUGAAUGCAUCGACUUCUUUGCCCAAGUGCAGCAUGCCCUUCCGGAUUCUGCCGUCACCUUGGUGCUUGACCAUUACAAAGAACGUCGUUGCUGCUUCCCAUCAGAAGCCGGCUGGCACGAGAAACUCAAACUUAUCCUCGAGGCCUUCUUCCGUAACCGCAACCGUCGGCCUCUCACCCGGCUUCAGGCACUCGCGGCUAUUCAAGAAAUCUACCACUUCCUCGAGGCUGUGGAUGACUUUUUGGACACGAUUUCCAUUACCGACCUCAUCCGGGAGGUGCUGUUCGAAAUCGAAGAGGAGUCCGAUACUGUCGUGCUGCAGGAGACGGUAGCGUUUGUGGUCAUGGUCGCCGAUAGGGCCGACAUGGAUCUCUUCGAUGAAAUAGUCGACUCACUGAAGAUGGUCAUCGCUACAGAGCGUUCCAAAGCUCCGGUCUCGAUGCCCGCGGCGCAAUCCUCUGCAAUACCAGGCCUACAGGAUCAACCGGGCUAUUUUGCCAGUCAGAGUCUCUCCAACGUUGUCACGAGAGGAUAUGUCCAGAUGUUCAUGCGAUCCAUGGAUACGAACGUUGUGAAGUCUCGGAAGACAUUCAACGCGAUCGUCCACAUCGCGAGAUCCAGCGCUUGCGAGACGGACGCGCGGCUGACGGCCAUGAAGAUGCUCUUUCGGCUGAGGGCCGAUUGGGCGCACCGCGUAUAUCUUACACCCUGCCCGGAAUCAGAAGGGUUGGCCCGGUCACUCUACCGGACUGAGGCGUCACUCGCUCGCAAGCUGGCCGACGAUGCAGCUCAACCACCCCGGCUGUCGCGGGCCGAACCUCCUGGCCCUCGACCUUCUCGUGCCAUCUCGUUCACCCAAGGCCCGCCGGGAGAAAGGAGCGUGCCAGUCAGGUCGGCGAGUGGUGCGAAACAUGUCGCCCCGAUGACGCAGCGCCUCUGGUCGUUCCCGGACGUAGAUGCCCUGCCUGAGGAGCCGUCUCGCAACCCCAGUCCCGUCCUCUUCUCCCGUGCCGAAAAUACCAGUGCGUCGGAUGGGUCCACCGAGAAGAAGGCAGCCUUGAACAUGGCAUCACUACUGGAAACGGUGCUUAGCAUCUUCCACCAAGGCUGCGAUUGGGAGAUUUACAGCUUUAUCCUGGUCCAUCUGCCAGCACAGCUUAGCAAUCGACCGCUUUUCAGCGACGCCAUAACUCAGAUCCAGGGUUUACGGAAGGUCAUUUGCGAGUUGAUCAGGAACAGCUCGUUCCAGGAGCCCCCUAGCCCGUCCGGCCUGCGUCGGCCCGACGUGGCCAAUUGCUUAUUCCACUCACUGGCCACGGUCAUGUGUUACCAUGCGUAUUUCCAGAAGAGUGACGAAGACGAGAUCGCCAGGACUUUCAUGCAAGGCAUCGCAGACAAAACUGCGAAGACGUGCAUCCACGCCUUGUCAGUGUGUUGCCACGAGCUGCCCAUGUCGGUCAGCAAGUCGUUGCCCACCAUCCUGCACAAGAUGUCGCAGGUCAUCACACAGCCUUUCGUGGCGAUGCAUAUUCUUGAAUUCCUCGGUUGCCUGAGCCGCCUGCAUUCUCUGUACUCGAAUUUCAGGGAGGACGAGUAUCGCAUCGUCUUCGGCAUCUGCUUCCGGUACCUUCAGUACGUCCGCGACAAGAAGCGCUCUACCCGCAACAGCCACGCGAGUGAGCCGCCGACACCCAACACCGCGGGGGCUAGCCACUCGGAUUCUCCUGGGCAACAGAACCCCACCGACGACCUCCCACAAUACGUCUACGCCCUGGCUUAUCAUGUCAUCACCUUCUGGUUUCUCGCUCUCCGAAUCAAUGACAGGCCGACCCACAUCGGCUGGAUCGCCAAGAAUCUGUUCACCGAUGUCGACGGGAGCGCGAGCAAUGAUGAGCAGGCCCAGAUCACCAUGGAUUUCAUGCAGAGGGUAGCUUUCACCGAUGCCAACGACUCCGCCGAAGACCCCCUCUUCAACGAGGAGCACUUCGGCGAGAUACUGGAGAAGAGGUGGAUCAUGGGUAACAGCAUCGUCGCCAUCAAGCAGGCCAAGGAGACAGGAUGGGCGCAUGUCACUCGACGGCAUCCGUCGGGAAUAUCUUGCUUCACCAUACGGGAGAACUUUGCGCCCAUGGCGAGUCACCAGGCUCGGAUCAACACUGAUGCCACGUCGGAUACCCGUUCUCAAAGUCAUGCCACAACUCUUCCCAGUUUUGUGUUGCUCCAGCUGUUGGCACCAGUCCCCCAGCCCGGCGACCCUAUGCUUCGCCCUAUCCCACUUCCAGCCGACGACUCCAUUGAGCGAGCAAUCCGUCUGUUUGACCGUAUCUCUCCUGUGGACGGCCAUAGGGUUGGUGUCAUAUAUAUUGGAGACGGGCAAACACACGAGGCCGAAAUACUAGCAAAUACCAUGGGGAGUCCGGAGUAUGCCGAGUUUCUCCAAGGCCUGGGGACCUUGACAAGGUUGAAGGACGCGUUGUUUAACACUCAGGGCCUGGACCGAGAAUACGAUUCCGACGGGAAGUACACGUUCUGCUGGCGUGAUAGAGUCACGGAGAUUGUGUUUCACGUCACCACCCAGAUGCCGACCAACCUAGAGCAGGACCCUCAAUGUAUUCUCAAGAAGCGUCAUAUCGGCAACGACUUCGUGAACAUAAUAUUCAACGACUCGGGAGUUCCUUUCAAGUUUGACACAUUCCCAUCCGAGUUCAACUACGUCAAUAUUAUCGUCACGCCGAAUCCGCGACCUUCUUUCAGCUCGGUUAGGGAAGCAGAGAAUGGGAGAGAGAAAGGGGGCGGCCAGUCAUCCUUCUUCAUGGUUCAGGUCAUGAGCAAGCCCGGGUUCCCGGAGAUAUCGCCAGCGGCGGAGCCAAAAAUGGUGAGCCUGAGAGCACUCCCCGGCUUUGUCAGGCUCCUGGCCCUGAACGCCUCCGUCUUCUCACACGUAUGGGCGAACCGCGAAGGGGGAGAGCACGUCUCGUCGUGGCGUGCCCGCCUCCGGGAGAUCAACCGGCUGCGGGAGCGGUACGGGCCCAGAGUCCAGCCCGCACCCUCGCCUCCCCCGUCGUUCAUGGGCGGCGGCGGCGGCGGCAUCAUGACGGGGGGCACCAUGACGAGCCAGACGCAGCAGAUGAUGGACAACUCCCGGCCGGCCAGCAGCGUGAGGGACAGCUUUAGCAGUCUCAGGAGGUCGUCUGUCGCCACCUUCUUCACAAACGCCAGCACGGACCCGACCUCUCACCGCUCGUCCAUGCUGUCGGUCCCGACGACGGAGAACACCGAGGUCAUGCCGAUAAGCGCGGCGGACGCGCUUGUCGAAUCGGCGGAUUUCUCGAAGUGGACCUGAAUUCCGAGCCGGAGGGGGCGGCAUCACGAACUGAAUUCGGAGGGGUUAAACGGGCAAGUAGAGGUGGGAGGGCCUUGUACGAAUGACAAGGCGAUGUUUAUGUCUGCAUUGCAGGAUUACGCGGGCGGCGUCUGGAACUGGCAGGGUCCGAGGGAAAUAUACCACAAAAAGUUGCUGCUUUCCAUGUUCUUUUUUCUGCGCAUGACGCGCGCGUUGUAUUGAGAGGAGGAAUGAUAUAACACCGCUUUGGUGUAUCCAGGAUAUAUGCCUGUGUUUCAUGGUCGAUACCACCAUUAUCUACCGCUCUGGUUCUUUUGUACUUGUAUUGUACAUACUUUGCCAACGCAGACUUUCGAGAAUCGGCUUUACGGUCUAGCCCGGUGUCUCAGGGGGGUGGAAGAUUUACCCAUUCCAAGUUCAAUUCGGGCGCCUUUUGCGCCUUUCCCCUCGA